AUGAAGAAUAUAAAUAGAAUUAUCGUAUCAUUUUGCAGGUCGUAUAGUACUGGGACCCCCUUACCAAAAGUACGGUGGUUUUACGCUACUGAACCAGCAAUCUCAAAAAGCAAGCUUGAUUUGACGCCCCAAAAGAUUCAAGAUUUCCAACCCAACAAAUGGGAAAACUUCUCGGAAAUCGAUUCCCAGAAAAUAGAGAGAGCUUAUCAACAGCUAUAUGGUAAAGGAGGUGAAGUUUCCUCACUUUUAAGAAAAGUAGACGAAAAAAUUGAGGCGCGGUUCCAAAAGUUGAUCGAUUAUAACCAGACCACCAUCAAGAGCUUUUACACCAAUUAUCGAAGAAAUAGCAACAAAGAUACCCCUUUGAAACCAUAUGCUAAAGUUCCGGUGAAUGAGGAUAAUUUAUUUGAAGCGGAUAUUCAGAAUUUCACUUUGACAUCAAUUUAUUGGGAUGGCCCUGUAUACGGGAUUAGAAGAGGGUUGUGGUUCGAUAACGAAGGAGUACCAUUGACAAAUGAAAUGUCAAUGCAAAUUGAACAAGGUUAUCAAGCUUUGAAGCCCUCAAAAACCCAGCCUGCCAAUCAGUUAGAAACCGCAGAAACAGCAAUUGCGUUAGAGACCCAGGGUCAACAUUGGGACAUCACCGUUACCGACAGAGGAAAUCGUGAGAAAGUCAACAAGAGCGUGGUUUAUAUUGAUGAAAACCAUGCCUAUAUCCUUGAUAAAAAAAGUUCAGUCAACAAAGCCAAAUUAUUCUUAGCAGAAACCCUUCCAAAAAGUACCUCAGUGGUGCCAGGCUACACUUACGUUUCCAGGGGUUUUAGUGAGGCAAAAGAGGAAGCAAAGCGGAAAGCCGAAAAGGAGCGUGAGAUUAAUGAAUCAAAAAAAAAGAAUAUGGAUUCAUCUUUCAUGGGGUUGGUAAAUAACGAAUUGGGCCAAUUAUUAAAUUUUGACUCGGCCGAUGAAAAAACCUCGCAACUUAUUAGUGAACAAAUGGGUGAGAACGGGGGUUCCAAUAAUAGAGAGAUUGAACAUUUAGUGUUUUGUAUUCAUGGUAUUGGCCAAAUUUUGGGAGCUAAAUACGAAAGUAUUAAUUUCAUUCAUACCGUCAACAAUUUUAGAAAAAAUUUAAAGCAGAACGCCAGCGAUAUUUUGGGAGAUUCUAAGGAUUGCCGAAUCCAGGCAAUUCCCAUUGUGUGGAGGAAUUUGAUUGAAUUCAAUAAUGAAACUAAGAUUCCCGGAGAAUCCGAUUUCCCGACUUUAAAAGAUGUGACGAUCAAAGAAAUUGAACCUUUGAGAUAUUUGAUCAACAACACUUUAUUGGAUAUCUUGCUUUAUUAUGAAGACCCUUACAAAAACAAAAUCUUGAUCAAAGUAAUUGAAGAAAUCAAUAGAUCUUUCAGGAAGUUUUUAAUUUACAAUCCAAAUUUCAAUGGCAAAGUCAGUAUCAUUGGUCAUUCUUUAGGGAGUGCCAUUGGAUUUGAUAUUUUAUCGCUUCAAAAAUUCAAUCUUAAUUAUAAAGUGAUUGAUGAAAAUAGCACCAAUGAUUCCAGAAUCAAAUCCAAGAAUCAGAAAAUUAACAGCUACUUGAAUAAAAAACUCGAAUCCACUCACCCAAUUUUCCGAGAAUACCCUUUGGAAAAAUGCCAAUUAGACUUCAAUGUCGAUAAUUAUUUUUCCAUUGGGUCACCAUUUGGGUUAUUCAAUUUAUUGAAAAAGAAACAAAUGAAAUCCCGGAAACUUCUUUCAUAUUAUCCAAAAAAAGAAUUGAUGAAUCUGAUUGAUUUCGAAAAAGUUUCAUUUCCAAGUUGUAAUAAUUUUUACAAUGUGUUUGAUUCGUGUGACCCGGUGGCUUAUCGGAUUGAACCACUCAUCAACCAAAGUUAUUGUGGUUAUAAAAGUCAAAAAAUGACUUACAAGGAAUUGGAGAAGCAGAACCCAGGUUUUUUUAACAGUUUAAUCAGUGAUGAUCUCAUAGAUACUGGGAAAAACUAUAUCAGCGAGUAUACUGGGACCGGGUUGUCAUUGAUCAAUCAGCAAUUUGAGAGCUUAUUGGAUACUAGCAAGACAAUUUUUGCUGAUAAUGAUGCGGAUAAGAAAUUAUUAGAAGUCGAAAAUAGGCCACUCUUUGUUGACCUGACAAAAAAGGAAGAAAGCCCCACCGAUGGUGCCACUAAGAAUGGGGAUAAAUUCAACUAUUUAGGGAAUACUGCCUCUAAUCCGGAAGGGUUUGAAUUUGAUGUCAAGCAUGUGCUUUACGGAACUCCAGCUCAUGUGAAGUAUAAUGAAGAUUUCUAUAACCUCAAAGGACUCAGUGACGAGGAAAUCAAAGAUAGGAUCGAGAUGUUGAGUUGUAAUGCUAACGGGAGAGUCGAUUAUAGUGUCCCCCAGAGUGUUUAUGAUAUUUUGAUUAUCAACACGUUGAAAAGCCAUACCACCUAUUUUGAGAAUGAGCAUAUUUCAAAGUUCAUUCUCAAUGAAUUAUUGUUCAAAAGUGGGAAACGAUCAGACGAUUGGUUGGUGGAUGACAAAAUGAGACGAAUUGCGCUUCAUGAUCCAUGA